GAUGCUGAGCUCAGGUCUUCCUCCUGUUUUCCUGUUGCUCACAGCGCUGGAGCUGAGCUGGUCCCUGAGUGAUGAAGAAAAGAAGAUAAUCUUGGAUGGGCAUAAUAAAUACCGCUCGCAGGUCUCUCCUCCUGCUACGGAUAUGCUGAAGAUGAGCUGGGACACGGAGCUGGAGGCCUUUGCUCAAGCCUAUGCAGAGAAGUGCAUCUGGGACCACAACAAGGAGAGGGGACGACGGGGGGAAAACCUCUUUGCUAUGGCCCCAACCCUGGACCUGGAAUUCGCUGUGGAAGACUGGAACGGGGAGGAGAAAUACUACAAUCUGACGACUUCCACGUGUGUCCCCGGGCAGAUGUGCGGCCACUACACCCAGGUGGUCUGGGCAAGCACGCAUCGGAUCGGCUGUGGGGCCAAGUUUUGUGAGACGAUCGAUGGAAUUGAAACAGAAGACAUGUACCUGCUUGUUUGCAACUAUUAUCCCCCGGGUAAUAUGAAAGGCCGAAAGCCGUACAAGGAAGGACCCUCAUGCUCGCAAUGUCCCGAGGGUAGAGUCUGUGUCAACUCCUUGUGUGAACCCACUGUAGAAGAGACCACUCCAGCCCCUGUGACAACAAAGGCAAGCCCAUCCACCCCAACCACAGCCACACCAAAACCCACAACCACAGCCAAACCAGAACCCGCAACACCAGUGCCCACCACAAUCACAGCCAAACCAGAACCCGCAACACCAGUACCCACCACAACCACAGCCAAACCACCAACCACAACCACGCUCCCAACCACUACAGCCAAGCCCCCACCCACAGCCAAGCCACCACCCGCCACCAUGCUCCCAACCACCACAGCCAAACCAGAACCCGCAACACCAGUGCCCACCACAGCCAAGCCACCACCCGCCACCAUGCUCCCAACCACCACAGCCAAACCAUCAACCACAACCACGCUCCCAACCACUACAGCCAAGCCACCACCCAAAACCCCGCCCCCAACCACUACAGCCAAGCCAAACCCUGCCACCACGCUCCCAACCACUACAGCCAAGCCCCCACCCACAGCCAAGCCACCACCCGCCACCAUGCUCCCAACCACCACAGCCAAACCAGAACCCGCAACACCAGUACCCACCACAACCACCGCUACAGCCAAGCCAAACCACACCGCACCAAAACCCACCACAACAACCGCUACAGCCAAGCCAACCCCCACUGCAACCACCACUACAGCCAAGCCAGCACCCCCCACACCAACAUCUACCACUACAGCCAAGCCCCCACCCACAGCCACGCUCCCAACAACAGCCAAGCCAAAACCUGCCACCACGCUCCCAACCACUACAGCCAAGCCCCCACCCACAGCCAAGCCACCACCCAAAACCACACUUCCAACCACAGCCAGGCCACAAUCCACCACCACAGCCAAACCAGAACCCGCAACACCAGUGCCCACCACAAUCACAGCCAAACCAGAACCCGCAACACCAGUACCCACCACAACCACCGCUACAGCCAAGCCAAACCCUGCCACCACGCUCCCAACCACUACAGCCAAGCCCCCACCCACAGCCACGCUCCCAACAACAGCCAAGCCAAAACCUGCAACACUAGCACCCAUCACGACAGCCAAGCCAAAACCUGCCACCACGCUCCCAAUGACAACCCCAGCCAAACCAACACCCACAACACCAAAACCCACCACAACAACCGCUACAGCCAAGCCAGCACCCCCCACCACUACUGCCAAGCCAAAGCCCACCAUGCUAACAACCACCACAACCACCGUUACAGCCAAGCCAACCCCCACUGCAACCACCACCACUACGGCCAAGCCAACACCCACCACAACCACAGCCAAACCAGAACCCGCAACACCAGUGCCCACCACAAUCACAGCCAAACCAGAACCCGCAACACCAGUACCCACCACAACCACAGCCAAACCAGAACCCGCAACACCAGUGCCCACCACAGCCAAGCCACCACCCGCCACCAUGCUCCCAACCACCACAGCCAAACCACCAACCACAACCACGCUCCCAACCACAAACACAGCCAAGCCAAAACCUGCAACACUAGCACCCAUCACGACAGCCAAGCCAAAACCUGCAACACUAGCACCCAUCACGACAGCCAAGCCAAAACCUGCAACACUAGCACCCAUCACGACAGCCAAGCCAAAACCUGCAACACUAGCACCCAUCACGACAGCCAAGCCAAAACCUGCAACACUAGCACCCAUCACGACAGCCAAGCCAAAACCUCCAAGCCAGCACCCACCACACCAAAACCUACCACAACUCUGGCUAAGCCAAAGCCUGCCACAGCUACAGCCAAGCCAACACCCACCACACCAACAUCUACCACUACAGCCAAGCCAACACCUGCCGCUACAACAUCAGCAAAGCCAAAACUCACCACUACAACACCAGCACCUACCACAACAGCAAAGACACAACCAAAAACUGCCACAACCACAAACCCAGAACCCACUGAAACAGAAAGACCCAAUCCUACUGAGGCAACUGGGCUAACUCUUUCCUUUGAGCCCACGUUAGACCUGGAUUAUGAAGUAUCUCCAGAAAUAGAGGUAGACACUGGAGAGCCUAUUAGUCCCUUAACUACAGAGGAUCCGGCCUUAUUAGAAAGCAUGGACACAGCCUUCAACCCCAAAUCAGUCCCAGAAACAAAUAAAGGGGUCAAAGAGGAUGGGAAAGGGAAAUCCACCUUUUCCAGUCCACCUCCAUCCCUCAGCCAGAUUGUUCCAGAGAUCAAGUUAGGUUUCAAUAAAGCUGAGCUCAUAACCCCCUCAAAGCCAGUGGUCUUCAGCCCUGAAGAGCCCACCUUCUUGCGCUUAACAUCAUCUUCCAGAGAAAAAAAAGGGCAGAGCCCUGCUUUCCAGACCUCCCUCUCAGCAGGUGCCCUGGACGCUGAAGAACUGGAGACAAGCUCAGACCAGACAAGCAUGGAUCAGUCCACGGCUGGAGCCCCCAGUACCUGCUUGGGGCUUUCACUCUUCCUCCUACCCAGUGUCAUCCUGGUGGGCCUUCUACUUUGAAUGGUCUUUCUCAGCUGUCUCUGCACCAGUCACCAAGGCUUUCUUCAGCAUUGGUUGUUCCACAACCCUGGUAGGCUUGGGAGACACCAUGGACAAUUCAAGUUGACACGCUCUCUUCUUACGCUGCCUUAUCUGCUCCAGCCUCGACGAGCCAAGGGCAGCUGGCAGUCCCAUGGGAACUUGGUCCCCUUCCUGAGGAGACCCAAGGGCAGGAGGGUGUCUGCCAUAAUGCUGGUGACCUUGGAUGCUUCUCCCUUCUUCCCAGCCAGCCUGGGCUUCUGGUCUGUUUUCAAACUGGAAAUGAUGAGCUAUCCCAACCACCUGUGUGGCUGGCAGGCCCCACCAUACCGUGUCCCCAGGGAAAGCAGAAUGAUUUGGAGUGGCGAUGAGACGUGAUCAUUGGUUUUGGUGUUUGUCUGUAGAUGAGACAUGGUGGUUGCGUUUGGUGUUUGUCAGGAUGAGUUUCCAACAAAAAUGCUCUUUUCCCCUCCUGAUGUGUCUGUUUGUCUCAAUUUUGGAGAAGCUUCUUCUCUUUCCUUCUUGUCCAAAAAGAGUGGCGCUAUUUUUUUUCCCCCCACGGGAGAGGAUUUCUAUUUCCUUCCUGGUUCUGGUGUAGCUAUGGCCGGUACUACCCAGAUGUACUCCUUUCUCCUCCUCACACCUCUGCAACCCUUGCCUCCUUCCUCUCUUCUGCUCUCUACCGCAUGUACCCAGUCCGCAGUUAGUCCAUUGCCAUGACUUUAUUUUACGCGUGUGCCUGCACCUGUGUGCAUGCAUAGAAGAAAAACCUUCAGCACUAAAGAGGAGUUACCGGCUCCUUCAUACAGCUUUCUUCUGCAUGGCUUCCUUCUUUGCAUAACUUAAGUGUAUUUGAAUUUAGAUACAGAUCCCGGUUGACAUAUAUUUUGCGUGUGGUGGAACCUGGUCCAGGAGAAACAAGUCAUCACGUGUGCUGGUACAAUUUGAGCUCAAGAGAGCCAAGUGAAUUAUAUUAGAGGUUACCAGUGGUUCCAGGACUCGUUGGAGGACCGCUUUCGUUGUCUGGGAUGCUGUGUGUUUUAUUCCCCCAUGUCUCUGCUCCCUUCACCUGAGGAUUCCCAGUAAGGUGUGUUAAAUAUGUGACAAGCUUUGCAGACCGGUGGAAGGGACUAGGAGAUACAGUCCCUUCUCUGGUUGGUGCGUCCCUCGAUUUCUUAAACAGAUGAGGUGGAGAAUGACCUGAAGGCCAAUAUUCGUGUCCUCCCCCAUGAUGCUGUGUCCCGUGCAUCCCCAGAGCACGCACUGAAUAAAUCCUGUUG